AUGCAAUCACAACAAGCAAUGGAGGACAAGCUGAUCGUCGCUGUGUGUAACACCCCGAUCAUUUAUGAUCGGUCUAGUGUCCUUUACCGGGACAGGAAUAAAAAGGAGCUGGCCUGGAGGAGGGUUAGCGAGGAAGUCGGCGCGUCAGUGGAAGAUUGUCGGAGAAGGUGGAAGACACUGCGCGACACAUAUGCGAAGGUGGUGCAAAAAGUAAAUAAAAGACGGAGUGGUUCGGCAGCUUCGAACGGGGAAAAGUGGAAGUACAUGGCGGUAAUGUCGUUCCUCCAGCCCUUCUUAUCACCGAGGGAGACGAAGAGCCGCAAACCGGCCAGAGUCGUGAAGGAGCAGGCCGCAGAGGAGGAGGAAGAUAGCUCGGUCCCGGGGCCCAGAGACUCGGUUGAAUCUGGAGAUGGAGCCAUUCAUGCUGACCCUGAAGACAUCUAUGGGCCGUUAUCCAGUCCUGCCUCUUCUUUGCCAUACUCUUCAGCUUCAUCCGUGCGGAGUGGACCAACUUCAACAACACCAACUGGACCACAGCGGAAACGAGCCAAGUCAGGCCAGACGGACUCGUUGGAACCGACAGAGUUCGAACAGAUGACGGUCACCCUGGAGGCCGAAGAACAACACAGAACACGAACAGUCUGUGAGGAUGAAUACUACCUGAUGUCGUUACUUCCACUCCUGAAGAAGGUGCCAGCCGAGGCCAAAGAUCUGGUGAAAUUCCAGAUACAUAAGCUAAUUUUUGAAAACACAAGAGUUGGAAAUCAAAAUAAUAUAAACCCGGCGAUAUCGUUGUUAUUUCUUGAACAGGUUAGCAGAUGUUAGCCUGUGCAGCAUAUAUACAGAGUGGUACUCUGCUGAACCAUGCUACAAU